GUUACCAACAGUAUUUUCGGAUACUACGAUCCGAGAUUCGAUCAUGAUCUGAAAAUUCGGAAAGUGAUACGGAUUUGACAUGACACUUUCACAUUGACAUUGCUUAUUGGUUAGUUUUUUUUUGAAUGUUUAUGAAAUUAAAUAAAAAGGAAGUUAAGAGGGAAACAGGCAAUUUAGUUUUAAAAUCUAUUUGACUGCUUAUUAACCUUUAAUUUAUUUCUAGUUAAUUACGAUGUUGAGCAUUAUAAAAGAGGAAAAAGAACAAAAACCUGAUAUUCCACAGAAAUCUUCAAUGGAAAUAUUGUCUGAACUUUUCAGUACAUUCCAUGCAAAACCUCCAGUUAUAGUGAAAAAAGAAAAGUUAGUUGAAUCUAAUAAAAGACAUAAGAAGAAGAAAAAACACAAAAGCAAGGACAAGAAACAUAAGAAAAAAGAGAAGAAAAAGAAAUAUUCUAGCAGUAAUUCGACAAGCAAUGAUGAAACUGAUGAGAAGUUAGAUUUGGCACAAAUUCUUAUCAAGCAAGAAAAGGAGCUGGCAGAAAAAAAGAUAAAAGAUGAAAUUGAUAGAGUUAAAAGAAAAAGUCAAGAUUAUGAGAAAUCAGAGGAGCAAAGUAUUAAACUAGAGGAAAGUGAUGAAGAAAUUAUGAUCCAAGCAGAAACCUCCAGAGAUAGUUUGAAAAGAAAUGUUACUACAAAUAUAAAGUAUAAAUCAUUAUUUGACUCUGCAAUAUGCGAUAUUAAGAGCAACAUUGAUGUUCAUGAAGAAGGUGAAGCUACUGACUCAGAUGAUAGUAGAACAAAGAAAAAAAAGCACAAAUCCCAUUCCAAAAAAAGAUCAAGAAGCAGAAGUAGAGAACCUAAACACAUAGAAAAGAAAUUGAAAGUAGAUGAGAAAUCAGAAACCAAACAUAGAGACAAGGAUAAAUUUAGAAAGCAUAGCAGGGAUAACAAUAAACAUAGGGAUAGAAGUAGGAGUUCGGAACAUGUAGGUAAAAGUAGGGAUAAAGAAAAGAACGUUUAUAAUGGUAAAAGUGAUAGAUGGAGUAGGGAGAAUAGUAGAGAACAUGAUAGGGAGAGACAUCGUGAAAGGCACAGGUCUAGAGAAAGAUUUAGAGAUGAAUAUAGUAGAGAUCUUGAGGAUUAUAGAAAAAGGAGAUUCAAUAAUGAUGAGGACUUUCAUAAAAAGAGGGAUGACAGAGACAGUGAGGAAAAAUGGUUUAUGAGGGAUAGAUAUCGAGGUUACAGUUCUAGAGAUAGACGAAGAACACCAUCAAAUGAAAGAGACUCGAAAUUUGAUAAGAAGAAACUUUUAGAAAUAGCCAGAAGAAAUGCAAUAACCAUGAUGAAAUCGGGCAGUUUGCCAGCUGCUUUAACAUUGGGACCACAAGCACAAGAAAAAGUGAUAGCGGCUAUCAAAUCAGGUGGGAAAACUAUUGAAGAAUUAACUGAUUUUUGCAAGACUCUGUCAAAAAAAGAAGAACUAGGAGAAUUAUCUAGUCUCUCUGAAAAAGAAGAUAGCGAUAGUGAUGCAGACAAGCCAUUCCACCAUCCUUUCCAAAUAAAAGAUCGGCCUACUUCAAUAACCAUGAACAUAAAAAAUUCAAUUCCUUUACCAGUAAAAUCAGCUUUAGAACGUACAAGUGAACUUAGAAUCCAAUUUCCAGUUAGCAGUGGACAACAUCACAGGAAAGGGGAGGAAUGGAUGCCAGUAUCACCUCCACCAGAGAAAAAAACUGACAUUCUACCGAAUGCAUCCGUUACUAUCCCUCCAGUUACCAAUACAAUUAGCAAUACUAUAAACAUUCCUUUACCAUUAGAACAAGCUCCUCCUUCGACCAAACUAGCGUCAGCUCCUAUUAAAGAGCUUGCCCAAGCUGCAGUGGUGCCAAUUUUACCAGAACAAGACCCUUCGACGGUACCGGCUCCACCUAAUGGACCGCCUGGACCCCAAGUAUUUCCAUCUAAAAUUGAUCAGCCAACAGUGGAUAUUGGAUCUAUUGUAUCACAAAGACUUUCGGCUAUGAGAAAGUUGCAAGAAAAUCCCAAUGAUGUACAAGCUCUAACUCAAAUAUACAAAUCUAAUAGAGAAAUGCAAUCCUGGGCUACAAGUAAACAACAAUUGGGUCAAUUUACUGGAUCUACGGGUGCUCAAAUAUUAUCACAAGCAGAACUUUCCUCGGGUUAUCAAGCUUGGACGAAAAAGGAUCAACUACAAUCUGCCGCCCCUGUCUCAGGGGGUAUGGGUAUGCAUCUUCUUCAAAAAAUGGGUUGGAAGCCAGGAGAAGGAUUAGGCAAAGACAGGACUGGUGCUUUAGAACCUCUGUUACUUGAAGUUAAACUGGAUAAGAAAGGUUUGGUUGCUAACGAAGAACAAAAACAAAAUAAAAAGAAACAAAAAGUACCUGGUAGUAUUAAAAAUUUUCAAGGAAAACAUCCUGUCUCUUUGUUAGGAGAAUAUGCGUCAAAAAAGAAAUUAGGCGCUCCACAAUAUAUUUUGGAAUUUGAAUGUGGACCCGAUCACAAGAAAAAUUUUUUGUUUAAGGUGGUGCUGAAUGGAGUUGAAUACAAACCCAACGUUGCUUCAAAUAAUAAGAAAGAAGCUAAGUUAGCUGCUGCUACUAUUUGUUUACAACAAAUUGGUUUACUACCUCCGCCCUAAUAAAUAUAUUUUUUAAAUCUUUAUAUUGAUUUGUAUAUUUCAAUGGAAUUUGAUAAUAAAUACUGUGAUGUUAUAUGUGUA